AGCAAUUUGUGUAGAUUGAUCAAGAUUAAUGUAGUUUGUGAUUUUCUUUCGCAGUGAGAUCAAUUGUUGAAGUAUUGUCAUUAUAUUAUUCUUAGUUUUUUGGGAAUUGUAUAGUUAGUGUCAAAAAAAAAUUACAAAUAUGCCUACAUAUGAAAUGCCCUUAUUGCUGCGAAUCAUGAAAAAGCCAGAACUGGUAACAGUCUUAAAGAGAACAGCUGAAACAAUAUUUAAUACCGGUGGUUUUAUCAGAAAAAUUGAAAAUUGUGGAGUGAUGCUACUUCCAUGCAAAACUAGUGCACAUGGACAUGUUCAUCGUGAAGCAAACCAUUUUUUAAUAUAUUUUGAUGUACCACCAAGCGAAGUAGACAAAAUCUUAGAUAAAUAUGAUAGAGAUAUCGAUAUCGUUAGAUCAAGAAUAUUCAAACAAAACAAACCGUCUAACAUAAAAUGUACGUUUCAUGAAGAGAUGUUACCACCACCUUACAGGCCUAGCGUCCAAAAACUUAUGGAAAUGACAAAGAAGCAGAAUCGUAAUAAAAAACGCGAAUUUAAGUACAACACUGGAUUGGAUUAUUAUCCUUUUAAUAAAUAA